AUGAGUAGUGAUUAUUCAGAUGAGAGUGGGAAGGUAAAGUAUCCAUCAUUUGUUCCUCCUAAGAAGUUCAAUGACUAUAAGUGGGUGUUAGGAAGCUUGUUUUCAACAAGGGAAGAGUUCAAGGAAGCUGUGUCAAGUUAUGCUGUUCACAAUGGUAGGGAUUUAAGAUACCUGAAGAAUGAUAAGACUAGGGUCAGAGUGGGUUGCAAGGAAGGUUGUGGAUGGGUGGCUUUGUGUUCUAAAUUGCCACAUAAGGAUACUUGGCAAUUAAGAACAUUAAAUGAUAAUCACACUUUACAUGAAAAAUGGAAUGCUGGAGUGAAUAGGAUGAAAGAUUACAGGGCAAGAAAGGCAACAUUAGAUAUGGUUGAAGGGUCUUUCAAGGAACAAUAUAGAAGACUUUAUGACUAUACACAUGAGCUACUGAGAUCUAACCCAAACAACACCAUCAAGAUCAAUGUCCAAGCAACUGAUGUGGAUCCUACUGAGAUUGAACAACAACCAGAAGAUCAUGUUAUCAGGCCAUUACUACCAAGUUUCCAUAGACUUUAUAUGUGCCUUGAAGCUUGCAAGAAAAGUUACCAAGUUUGUAGACCAAUAAUAGGAACAAAUGGAUGUUUUCUCAAGGGCAAUUAUGGUGGACAGAUUCCUGUAGCAGUUGGGAGAGAUCCUAAUGAUCAAAUGUUGUCCAUUGCAAUGGCUAUAGUUGAAGCUGAGACAAAGGAUUCUUGGGCAUGGUUUUUUGACCUGCUAGUUAGAGACUUGGGAAGACCAGAAAUAUGUAAGAAAUUUACUUUCAUUUCAGAUCAGCAGAAGGGACAUUUACCUGCAAUAGAGGAGUUAUUGCCUGGAGUUGACCAGAGAUUCUGUGUUAGACAUCUAUAUAGCAACUUUAGAAAAAGGUUUCCAGGCAAGCAAUUGAAGGAAUUAAUGUGGAGGGCAUCAAAGGAAACCUAUCCCCAAGCAUGGGAAAGGGAAAUGAGGGAGAUGAGAAAGGUUAAUGAGGAAGCAUACAAGCAUUUGUUGAAGACUCCUCCUAGAAAGAAGGCAAGAAUUCUCAAGGUUUUUUAUAGCAAGGAGUUGGAUGCUGACUGGGAUUCCAUGCCACCAUGCAUUGUCUUGCAUCCUCAGUAG